AUGGGCAACACCACCAGCGCCGUCCUGGACAACAUUGUCCAGGGAUCCAACUUCGACAGAGAGGAAGUCGACCGUCUACGGAAGCGCUUCAUGAAGCUGGACAAGGACAACUCGGGCACAAUCGAGCGAGACGAAUUCCUCAGCCUGCCGCAAAUCUCAUCAAACCCCCUCGCUACUCGGAUGAUUGCCAUUUUCGACGAAGACGGCGGCGGCGACGUCGACUUUCAAGAAUUCGUGUCGGGCCUCAGCGCGUUCAGCAGCAAGGGCAACAAGGAGCAGAAGCUGCGCUUCGCCUUCAAGGUGUACGACAUUGACCGCGACGGGUACAUUAGCAACGGCGAGCUCUUCAUCGUGCUCAAGAUGAUGGUGGGCAACAACCUCAAGGACCAGCAGCUGCAGCAGAUUGUCGACAAGACCAUCAUGGAGGCGGACCUGGACGGCGACGGCAAGAUUAGCUUUGAGGAGUUUACCAAGAUGGUGGAGAAUACCGACGUGAGCAUGAGCAUGACUUUAGACCAAUUCUGA